AUGAAUGACGUUAAGAAGUUGUUGGCUCACUUCGAGGUUGUUGCUUCUUGCCAUGUGUAUCGAGAAGCUAAUCGUGCAGCAGAUUAUGUUGCAACUAUAGGUCAUCAAAUUUCAGGCUAUGUAAACAUUGACCCUAAUGUAGAUGCUAAUUUUUCUUAUUUUAUUUCUUUAGAUAAGUUAGGGUAUAGUCUUGAGAGAAGACUUACCUAACUUUUGUAUUUUUCUUAUCAAAAAAAAAAAAUAAAAUAACUCAAGUUAUUUUGAUUUUUGGCUUCUGCUGUCUACUGGAUCAAAUUUUUUUCUAUGCUCAAAUUCAAUUGCCACAAACAUUUUCUUCAAUCCCUCUUUCUAUAACCUACAGAUUAUUAAAGAACAUUGUAGGGUAUAUAAAGAGUAUGAUCAAACAAUAUCAAAUUCAAUGAUCACACCACUUCGAAUAAUACUGUCCAAAUUCUCAAUACCCCAUCAAACUAUCUCAAACACUAAGCAAUUACAUGGCGCGAUUGCUAAAACCCAUCUUUCUCUUGACCCAUUUUUUGCCACCAAAAUCAUUAGGUAUUAUGCCCUUAAUGGUGAUCUUACCUCUGCACACCAACUGUUCGAUGAAAGUCCUCGAAGAAGCAUUUAUCUUUGGAACUCCAUUAUUAGAGCUUAUGCUCAAGUUCAUGACUUUAAGAAUGCAUUUCAUCUUUUUAAACAGCUUCUUAGGUCUGAAUUAUAUCCUGAUAAUUUUACGUUUGCUUGUAUUUUACGCGCUUGCUAUGAGAAUAAUGAUGUUGAGGGUGUUAGACUUGUUCAUGGUGGGUUAGUAGUUUCUGGGUUGCAAAUGGAUUCUAUUUGCGGUAGUUCACUUGUGAAUGCUUAUUCAAAGCUUGGGUUUGUUGAUGAUGCUAGUAAAGUGUUUUAUGGUGUAGUUGAUCUGGAUUUGGCUACGUGGAAUUCGCUUAUACAAGGUUAUGGGUAUUGUGGAAUUUGGGAUGAAGGGUUGAAGUUGUUUAAUGCCAUGAGAAAUAUGGGGAUUCAUCCGGAUGGAUAUGCAGUGGUUGGUUUGCUUUCGGCACUAAAUAGGCCCAUGUUGUUGCAAAUUGGCCAGGGAAUUCAUGGGUUAUGCAUAAAGAGUGGUUUUCUUUUGAAUGAUCAUGUUGGUAGCUCACUAGUCACCAUGUAUUCUAGAUGUGAGUGCUUGGAUUCGGCGCAGGGAGUCUUGUACAGCUUAUCUAAACCGGAUAUAGUCACUUGGUCCGCCUUGAUUACAGGGCUUGCGAAUUCAGGGGACAUCUAUAGAGCAUUUCUGUUAUUCAGAGAACGGAAUGUGAAAGGUAUGAAGGCUGAUCCUGUGUUGCUUGCUAGUGUUCUGGUUGCUUCAGUUCGAUUGGGUCAUGUUGGGCCUGGCUGUGAGGUACAUGGUUAUGUUCUUCGACAUGGAUUGGAGUUAGAUAUCAAGGUUGCUUCCGCUCUCAUAGACAUGUAUUCAAAGUGUGGUUUUGUGGACUUGGCCAUUCAGGUUUUGAAUGUCCUUCCAAGACGAAACAUCAUUGUAUAUAAUGCUGCUAUUUUGGGUCUCGGCUCUCAUGGAAAUGCUGAUCAGGCAUUUAGAUUGUUUGAUGAAGCUAUAGAGAAAGGAUUUAUGCCUGAUGAAUCCACAUUUUCUGCUCUUCUUCAUGCUUGCUGUCAAUCUGGUCUUGUCAGAGAAGGGGAGGAGUUUUUCAGCAGAAUGAAGGAUGAAUUUGGUAUUAAACCUAGAAAUGAGCAUUAUGUUUACAUAGUUAAGAUCCUAGGAAUGGCUGGAAAAUUAAAAGAGGCGUAUGAAUUUGUCUUGUGCUUGUCUGAACCAGUUGACGCUGGUGUUUGGGGAGCACUACUAGCAUGUUGUGAAAUGCAUGAAAAUUUCGCUCUUGCAGAAGAUAUCCUGCAGCAUGUCUCUGAGAAUCAAAUGCAUGAAGGUUCACACUCAAUUUUGCUCUCCAGAAUCUACGCAAAUCACGAAAGGUGGGAUGAUGUGGAGAAGUUGAGGGAAGAUACGAGUGAUAAUGGACAAAAGAAGCUACCUGGGUUCAGCUUGAUAGGAGGAAAGAGCUCCCCAGCAAUUUAGCAUGUGGCACCUGAAGGGCGUGGAAUAUCCAUUUGAGCUCAAGGGGCUAGUUGAUCGAGGUGGUGCAUGAUUUCAAGUAAGUUUCCAAGCAAUGAUCAGCCCUGAUUUUGUGUGCACUUGAAAAUUUAUAUUGCCAGACAGGACAAUCAAGUUUGAACAGCAGACAGACAGACAAAACAAUCAAAAUUUUGCAUGCGAAGGCAUCAUCGGGAGAAGAUGCAGUUGUGCAGCUUGCAAAUUCUUGUUCUGUUCGGCAUCCCUGGUCUGGUCUCUGGAUAGAUUGUUCCUUAAAAGGUUGUUGGUAUCUGCUCUAAUAGCAGCCUUCUUCAUAGUUGCUGACUUGCUGCUUCAUUUGAGGUAGGUAUUAUUUUGGACAGUUAGCCAUCAUUGCAUUUAAUCCCUCUUCAUAGGAGCAAUACCUGGUUUUAGUAAUCUGGGCUAUAACUGUUGGAAAAUGGAGCACAUGAAUUAUUAGAACUCUGCUUGUUUCUUCAUUUCUUGUUGGGUGAUAGUUCAUUCAAGGGGUGUUUACUUCAUGGAAUUUAGGUAUGAGGUAUGGGUUUAGAACAGAUUAAACCCAUACUUUGUGUUUGGUUUAUGAUUUUAAGAGUUGUAAAUCCAUACCUUGGUUUAUUAUUUUAAGAGUUGUAAACCCACACCUUAAACCCCCAAGGUAUGGGGUUUAGAAACCCGGGGGGGUGGGGUGGGAAGGGGUUGGCUCAUACCAAUAUUUUUAGGUAUUAUAUAAAAGAAAAAAAACUUCAUUCUAGAAUCAACCAAAACAUGUGGUAUCAAGAAUCAAGUUCCAACCCUAUACCGCUUGCAAAACAAACACCUAAUAGAAUUAUCCGUGUUGCUGUGAAUUUGGUUUGAUGAACUAGAUGACCAACAAAAAGAUAUGUAGCUAACAAUAGGUGAAGGCUGGUGAUUGGAAAUCGUUUGGUGUGAUUCUUGAUGGCAAAGCCAUGGUUGUUAAUGGGCGAAAGUUUGCACCUGUGCAUCGACAUAGCCUUUAGUCUAUAUGGACUCACCAAUUUGGCACCAUCAUCUCUCUCAGCCUCAACAACAUUGCAGGUUUCUUAGAGCAUGUGACGAGUACAUUCAAUGCAUAGGCUCUUUUUUUUUGGCAUACCUUAUUUUGUUUUUUAAUGUGCUAUGGCAUUUCAAUUUGGUAGGUGUGAAGUAUCUCCAUUCCACAAAUUGCUUCUGGAGAUAGUGUGCAAGAGAAAUUUUGUCCAUAUUGUUUUCCUAAUAUCUGAUAAAAAUUAUUUUCAGCUAUCCUACAUGUUGCGACCUGCCACUGCCACUCGCAUAUUUUAUGAAGGACUCCAUCAUGUUGAGGCUGUUUAGUGUCAAUCUCUCUCUUCUUUUUUUUUUAUUUUUAUUUUAUUUAAUUUUUUUCCUCCAGUGGCUUAUCCUCUUGAAUAUAUAAAAACUUUCCUUAAACAUCGUUGAGGGUUAUCUUAUUUUUUACCCAGUUGGGCUAUAAUUAUUGGAAAGAAUGGAGCAUAUGAAUUAUUAAAACUCUGCUUGUUUUUUCCUUUCUUGUUGGGUGAUAGUUCAUUAAGGAGGUGUUUGAUUCACGGGAUAUAGGUAUGAGGUAUGUGUUUUAAAAUGGAUUAAACUCGUACCUUGUGUUUGGUUUAUGAUUUUAAGAGAUUUAAAUCCAUAUCUCAUCAAACCCCCAAGGUAUACCAAUAAUUUUAGGUAUUAAAUGAAUGAAUUUUUUUUUUUUUAUUCUAGAUACGUAAUUACCUUGAUUUCCAUAGUACAAUCUGACAAUUAGAAUAACAAAAAUAAAAAAGAAUGACUACGUCGAGCAGAACUAGUCAACCGGCAAGUGGCAUCUAGUGUUAAAAAAUUGCUCUGUUAAUUACAGCAUUGCGUCCAAAAGAAGGGAUUAGCUCACAAAAUCAUAUUACAGAAUAAUUUGCCACUCGUGCCGCUAGGGGGGCCCUUCUUUUACUCAUUUACAGGAACAAUAUAAUGCAAUCUUUAUAAGACGGAGGAAGAAUUUGCGUUACUUUAGAUGUAUUUUUAAUGGAUUAGUCAGUAUAGCCGUUUUUUUUAACAGAUUAGAGUAGCUUGCUCAUUCUAUUUUUAAUCUUCUUGUAAUUUAUUUAAUUUUCAUGUUGAACUCUUUUUCUAAUUUUUAUUGAUAUGUUGAGCUCUCUUUUAUUUUUUAUGAACAUGUUUAGCUCUUUUUCUAAUUUUUUAUGAACAAGUUGAGCUCUUUUUAAAUCUGAAAGGUGGGGGGUAUCAUGCACUCACUAGUCUCUACGCUCCACUUCGUACUAUAAAUACACAUUCACUAGAUUUGGCAAAUCCAUCUCAAAUUCAAAGCCACCAAUUUCUUUCAAUA